AUGUCAGGAGUGGAACUCCCAGAAGCAGAGACGAGGUCAGUUCUUUCCGAUGCGAUUCAAGUGGCGGUUCGUGUUCGUCCUAUUCUUCCGAAAGAAGCAGAGACUAGGGGUGCGGCUGAGACCUGGCGCGCUGUACCUCACGCAGGUCAAGUGAUCCGCGUUGGCCGGCUUCCCACGGGUGCCGGAGGCACGACGACCUGCCCGACUGUCUUCUCGUAUGAUUUCGUGUUCGGUAAGGAGUCCACCAACGUAGAAGUCUACGAAAAGGUGGCGAGGCCUCUGGUUGAAAGCGCUCUAGUUGGUUACAAUGGCACCGUCUUUGCCUAUGGGCAGACGUCUUCCGGGAAAACGCACACCAUGUGGGGCAGCGAGGCGGAUCCCGGUGUCAUGCGUCGGGCUGUACGUGACCUCUUCGAGCUUGCGCGCCGAACGCCUCAGCGAGAGUUCCUCAUUCGGGUGUCUUACCUGGAGAUCUACAACGAGACUAUCAGAGAUCUGCUGCAUUCGAACCCAGCCGUGACCAAUGUCCGGGUUCUUGAGGAUAGCGAUGGUCGCAUCUGCACCGAUGCGCGAGAGGAAAUCGUUGUCACUGCUGAGCAAGUCUGUGAGUUGCUCAAGAAUGGCGAGGCGAAGCGUAUGACCGGAGCAACGGACAUGAAUGAGCGAAGUUCUCGCUCGCACACGAUCCUGACACUAGUGAUUGAGAGCAGGGAGCGCGCUGCGGAAGACUCAACCUCUGGGGAUGCCGAAGACUCGUCAUCCGCGAGCGAUUCCGCUGUGCGAACCGCAACGCUCACACUCGUCGACCUGGCCGGAUCAGAGCGCCAGAAGGACGCCAAGUCCGAAGGUUUACGUUUGAAGGAGGGUGGCUACAUCAACAAAUCCUUGUUGACAUUGGGCACUGUCAUUCACAAGCUCUCGGAGGGAGGCAGUGCCCAUGUACCUUAUCGCGAUUCGAAACUCACGCGAAUGCUGCAGAGCUCCCUCGGUGGCAACUCUCGAACCGCGGUUAUCUGCGCAAUUACGCCGGCUGCAGCGCACGCUGAGGAGACGCUGUCGACCCUCAAAUUCGCAACACGAGCCAAGAGUGUGCAAAACCGUGCCCAGCAGAACGAGGUGCUCGAUGAUCGAGCCCUGUUGAAACGUUACCAACAGGAGAUCGCCAGUCUGCGUGCACAGCUAGCGAAACUGCAACAGGGAGAUCUAAGCAAACAAGGAUGCCCAAACGACUUUGUUCGUGCUCUUGAGCAGAACGCUGCAGAAGCGGAACGCGAGCGUGAGCGUAUCCGUUCUCAGCUAGAGGAAGCGGAGAACAGGCGUCGCCUCUACGAGGAGAAACUGGAGCGCUUGACGCGUUUGAUAUUGAACUCGCCAGCUCCUGCGCCGAAGGUGCGGUCGCGGGUCUCCGUGUCGACGGCGUCCUUGUCGAGUCCUCACUCGGACACGAACGAAAACAAGGACGUGGCUUCGCCCGGCGCGUUUGCUUACGAGCCUCGAACACCGCCAGCUGCUGAACCACAGCUUGAUCAGCGCUUGACGAGAACGUUUCGAACGCUGCGACGGCGGACGCUUGGUGGUAGCGUCGAUGGCAUUGGGAGCGAUGCCCAAGGCUUACUUAACUCGCCCGAGAAUCAUAUCGUGGAGCAGGUUCGAACACUUCAGCGACGAGUUGAGGCACUAGAUGUGGCCCGAUGGCGCGAACAGUCAGCCUCAUUGAAGGCAGUCUCCUACGAACGUGAGCGUGCUGCGCAGCUGCAACAACGUCUGCGUUCGCUCGAGUCGCAGAUGCUUCGCCACACCUGCGCCGAAGUUGCCAACGAAGCGCUGCACAAAGCUGCGCUCGCAGCUGUCGAUGUGCGGCUUGCUCAGAUCCAGCAGUUGAUGCAAAGCGAGCGGAAUCGAAUGCAACAGCUGCAUUGUGAACUUGAACACGUUCGACAAGUCUGCGCAACCAAGCAAUCCCGACUCGAGAUACUCGAACGAGAACUCGGUGAAGCGCGCAGAGAAAUCGACGAACUACGCCAGCGUGAAAGAGCUGGAUUUACUCAAACGCAAGCGAAGACUUUUGAUCAUCUACGCAAUCGCGUUGCCGAUCUCGAAGCGAAACUUCGUUCGCAACUCGCACUACGGCAACAAGUGGAGGCCUCGCGAGGCGGAGUCGAACGUGAACUGCGCAAAUUGGAGCGCCAGAAUCGAGCACUGGAAAAGGAGCUCGCCAAGCUCCGCGAACAGCGCGAACGAAUCGAGCAGGCGAAGCUCACGGUAGCGCAAGCGGAACAACUUCGCAAUGCGUCAGAACAAGCGCAACGCCAAGUGCAAGCUGAGCGGGAUGCGCUGCAGCGCCAGUUGAACGAACUCGAAAACGCCCACACACGCCUUCUCGCUGAGCGUGAUACCUUGCUGGAGUACCGGGAGCGGCACCAGCAGGCCCUCGAGCAGCUGGAAUGCGCCCAGCAGCGGAUCGCGGAUCUCGAAGCGCGAUCUGUGCGCUCCGCUGACUGGGAAGCGCGCUGCGAAUCGCUCUCCGGGCAACUCGAGGAUGCCAGGCAGCGUAUUGCUGCUUUGGAAUCGCAGAUCGAAACCAAUGCCCAGGAAUUGGCUUCAUUACUGGACCAGGCAACAGAUGCUCAUCUGCAGCUAGAGGCGGUGCGAUCCCAGGCUCGCGCUAGUGAGCGUUUGCAGGAACAGGUGACGGCGCAGGUGCGUGCAGAGCUGAACGCCCUGGCGGCCAGUCAUGAAAAAGAGAGCGCCGAGUGGAAACGCAUGCGACUGGACACCGAGACGGAACGAGAUGCGCUUCGUUCCCAGCUCGCUGACCAUAAGCGUUCGCUCGAGGAGCUGCGUCUUGAAUGCGCUAAGCUCGAGUCACGGGCAGCGAAGCUUCUCCAGGAAACCGCGAAGCAUAUCGAAGAGAAGCAUCGUCUCCUCGAGACUGUGCAUGCGCGCGAUCGACGCAUUACCGACCUUGAAAGUCGCCUCCGCGAGUGUGUCGAAGGAGGUGGUCGCUAUGCGCGUCUCUGUCGACUUGUUGAAAAGCGCGAAGCAGAGCUGACUCGCGCCCGCGAAACUCUGCGGCUGCUGGAGGAGCGUCUUGUCGCCGAAGGGCGCUCUGCAGAGUUCUGUGACCUCCAUGCGAGUGCGCAGCAUGAGGCCGAGCGCUUGAGCUUUGAGAAGGAGCUUGCUCGCUCCAAAGAAAAAAGCGACAAGAUGCAGCAAGAACGACAACAGCUGUUACUCGAGAACAGCAAAUUGCGUGACGUAGUCAAGCACAAGGACCGACAGCUUCUGAGUCUGCAGGCUAAGCUGAAGCACGCCGAGGCAACCAUCUUGUCGCAGCGCGGCAAUGCGAGUCUUCCUGAACAGGGCACCGUCUCAGACAUUUCCAUGGGGGCAGGUGCCGCUCCUGCAUGUGUAACUCAAAGUGCUCCUGGCGCUCAAGAUUCCAAUAACAAGGAGAAUUUGGGAUGCGAACAGGAUUCGGAACGUGCUGCUGCUCAGCUGUUCGGAUCGCUCGACGACAACAAGUAG